ACAGAGAGACCUGUGGAAGAUGUCGAACCCGAGAAACGGCGACACCAAGCCCCCAUGUUUGCCCCGCAAUGGACUGGUGAAGAUCCCCACGCAACCCAACGGCCUCGGCUCCGCCAGCAUCACCAAAGGCACCCCUGCCGUGAAAAACCGCCUGUGCCAGCCUUCCUCCGUGCCUGCCAUCCUCAGCCCGGCCUUAGCCCACCGCAGCGACCUGCCCAUCCCCAGCCUGGCCUCCCCGCUCUCCUUGGCCACCCUGGCCAGCGUCUCCUCCCCUCCCGGCGCUUCCUUGGUGGGACUGAACGCCAGCGAAGGCUCGGAGCAGCCCUCUCCAGAGCGGCUGCCGGGCUCGCCCUCGGAAAGGCAGCUGGCCGUCGAUGAGAAGAUCCUCAACCGCUUGUUCUGGUACUUUUCGGCGUGCGAGAAGUGCGUGCUGGCGCAGGUGUGCAAGGCAUGGCGGAGGGUGCUCUACCAGCCCAAGUUCUGGGUGGGCUUGACGCCCGUCCUGCACACCAAAGAGCUCUACAACAUCCUGCCCGGUGGAGAGAAGGAGUUCGUCAGCCUGCAGGGCUUCGCCGUCCGCGGCUUCGAUGGCUUCUGCCUCGUGGGCGUCUCUGACCUGGACAUUUGUGAGUUCAUUGACAACUACCCCCUCUCCAAGAAGGGGGUCAAGUCCAUGAGCCUUAAGAGGUCGACCAUCACAGAUGCGGGGUUGGAGGUGAUGCUGGAGCAGAUGCAGGGCGUGGUGCGGCUGGAGCUGUCGGGCUGCAACGACUUCACGGAGGCUGGGCUGUGGUCCAGCCUCAACGCCCGCAUCACGGCGCUGAGCGUCAGCGACUGCAUCAACGUGGCCGACGACGCCAUCGCCGCCAUCUCGCAGCUCCUGCCCAACCUCACCGAGCUCAACCUGCAAGCCUACCACGUGACGGACACGGCUCUCGCCUACUUCACCGCCAAGCAGGGCUACACCACCCACACCCUGCGCCUCAACUCCUGCUGGGAGAUCACCAACCACGGCGUGGUCAACAUGGUCCACAGCCUGCCCAACCUGAGCGUCCUCAGCCUCUCGGGCUGCUCCAAGGUGACGGAUGACGGCGUGGAGCUGGUGGCCGAGAAUUUGCGGAAGCUGCGCAGCCUCGACCUGUCCUGGUGCCCCCGUAUCACCGACAUGGCCCUGGAGUACAUCGCCUGCGACCUGCACAAGCUGGAGGAGCUGGUGCUCGACAGGUGCGUGCGGAUCACCGACACCGGCCUCAGCUACCUGUCCACCAUGUCAUCCCUGCGGAGCCUCUACCUGCGCUGGUGCUGCCAGGUGCAGGAUUUUGGCCUGAAGCACCUCCUGGGCAUGGGCAGCCUGCGCCUCCUCUCGCUGGCUGGCUGCCCCUUGCUGACCACCACGGGGCUGUCGGGGCUGGUGCAGCUGCAGGAGCUGGAGGAGCUGGAACUCACCAACUGCCCCGGGGCCACCCCGGAGCUCUUCAAGUACUUCUCCCAGCACCUCCCGUGCUGCAUGGUGAUCGAGUAGCACCGGACCCGGCCCACCCGCGCCCACCCCGGCCGCCAUCGCCCACCCCAUCUCCCUCCGGCCGCGGGGGGAUUCGAGAGACGCCCCCGAUUCCAACCGAGCCCGGACAUCCCCCGCAUCGACGCCCCCGAGGGACGCGGGGCUCCGGGGGGAGAUGGGGGCAGGCGUCGCCCCCGGCCGGAGCCCCCCCGGUACCAUGUAAAUUCCCCCCACGCCGCCGCCAUCGCCCGUGCUCCUCCCGGUGUCCUGCCAAUCCCUUCCGGACAGACGAACGGACAUCACGGAAGCCCAAAGUGGGAAGGCGACGCUGUGUGACGCCCCCCGGCCGCAUCCUGCUCCCCCCGCCCCGGUGCCAGCGGGCACACGGCCCCGCCACCAAGGAUGCUCCUGGCGACCAAAGGAUGCUCCCAGGGAUGGGCCGGAGGAGGAUGCUUGUUUUGGGGUGGCGGCGGAGGCUGGAUGGGUCCCCUCACGCCCCCGGAGCGGGUCACCGAGCUCACCCCCCCUCCCCGUGCUGCGUGUCCCCUCCAGCCCCCAGCCCCGCCUUUGGGGCGCUUUCUCCCGGUCAAUAGGAUGUCCCUCUCCGCCCGCCCGCCGACCUCGCAUGCUCGCUUGCUUCAGUCUCGUGCUACGGCAGGUUUCGGGGUACCCGGGGGGACAGUGACAAGUGACAGCCCCAGCUGCCUCUCCACUCGGCUUCACCCCGGCCGGAUCCCGCCCUGGCAGCCGGGCUCCCCUUUCGAGCAUCCCCGGCCGCCCUGGGGACCGCCCUGCACCCCGCGGGGCUGUGGGGGUGAUGCCACCGCCGGGGAGAGCCCAUCCGUCUGGGAUGGGACAUCCCGGGAGACCAGGGCCGGGCCUGAGCCACCGGGCCACACCGGCAGCACAGAGAGACCACAGGA